AUGAGUCGACCUCAAAAUGGGAACGAGAUGGAUCAAACAUAUGGAUCCGGGGGUUCGGUUCGGAGGGCCAGAGAAAGAGCUGAGGCGGGGCUACCCAGGGAGAUGUUUGCGGGAAUACCACCGUCCUCGAUACCACGGCGCGUGGUAGGAAAUCCUGGAAGUAGACCGCAAGCGCCGGAAGGUUUGCAGACAAGAGAUGAGAAUGGAAAUAUUGGCAUGGCUAUUUCGAGACCACAACCGGCGCCUCAAUGGCCCCUUCCAGGACCAAUCUCGUCUCCUCCAUCUUCGGACGGGUCAGAGCCGUACCGACCGCCGUUGGGCAAAUCGCAACCACCGCAGCGACCGCCACGACCGAGCCAAGUUCCGUCCAUGUUGGAUGCCUCGAGGAUGCAGGAUCAUACACCAGUCUUCCAGUACGCGCCGCAGAACCAACGAAUGUCGGAAAUGUCAGUGCCAGAAACCCCCGCCACCUCGGGGUCCUCGAGACUAUCGGUCGCUUCGUCGGUCGGGUCCAUUCCCGACUUUCCGUUACCAACGACCCCAGGCCAAACGCCAGGCCCGACUCCGGGCCCGACUCCACCGCCGGUGCCGCUGUUACCGCCACCGCGAAGAAGUGUGAUUCUCGGACCUCCGCCGUCUUCGAGGCGGGGAGCUUCUUCGUUUUAUUCGACUAUAUCUUAUGUGUCUCCAAUCCCAGAAGAGAGUCCCCGGUCGCGAUCACAUGCUUCUUAUGCGUCGAGCGCAGCGAUACCCGAGAGUUUUGGGACGAUAUCACCGGGUAUCAGUUCCGAUGGCAACUACUUCGAUGAUGCGAUUGCCGAGGAGUCGGUGUACAGCGACGAUGCGGACGAGAGCCGGCUGGUUAGGAGUGCGAGCGUAGGAAGAAAGGGCAAGCCGUCUCUGGUGACAACGAGAAGUUCGGAACCGAGAGGGGAUCGGGAGUCGGUACCGAUAGUACUACAACCAAUACCCCAACCAAUACCGAGACCUAUGCAAGUCGAGACCCUCCAGGACGGUAUGAGCUACCUCGACAUGUCUUCUAGCUCGUCGGCCACGCCGUCUUCCUCGAACCGACCGCCUGUCAAGGCACCCGUGACGGCGGACACGAUGCUUGGUGCUUUUGAAGCCGCCAGUGCGACAGAUCCAACAUCGAUGAGGAAUACAACUUCGUCGCCCAAGCACUUCAGCAGAUUAUCAGCUCUUCGGCGGCCGCCACGCCUUAAUAUGGAUGCUGUCAGGGAAGCUGAAGCCAGAGGAAGUCUGACAAGUUUGCCGGACCUCAUUCGACGGGCGACCAGGUUGGCAUCUUUGAUGGAGAGGGGCAAGCGGCCAGCAAGUCGUUUUGAUGAGCUCGACUUUCCCGAGGAUAUUUACAAUCGUGACCUCGAGAAAGACCCAUCUUACGAACUGGACAAGCAUCAGUCAGGCCUUUCCGACAUGUUGGCUGCCUUCCCGCCGCCGGCGCAGGCUAACAGCCGGCGCAGUGUACGACAAAGCAGGGCAUCAUGGCCUCUGGCAUUCCCGUUGGGCCGGAUGUCGGUCCGGGGGGCACCCAAUGUACCGGAACAGACGACCACGGACGUCACUUCUUCGCCGCAACCGAGGCAGCCUCCAAAAGGACGCCGCUGUUGUGGACUUCCCAUGUGGGGCUUCAUAUUACUCAUGAUCGUUCUUCUCCUUGUGAUGGCAGCUGCGGUGGUAAUUCCCGUCGAAUUCUUCGUCGUUCGAAAACAGCAAGUCCAAAAUACGACGACAUCAGCCCUAGCAACCUGUCAGGCUCAAGUGAAAUGCGAUAACGGAGGCACCAAUGUCAUUACGGACGGGGUUUGCUCGUGCAUAUGUUCCAACGGAUUUACCGGUGCGAAUUGCACCAUCUCGAGCUCUCAAGGAUGCACCACGACUUCCUUCGGCUCUGGAGACAAUAAUCUCAACAAUGUCACUCUGGGCGAAGCUAUCCCUCGACUAAUCCAGGAGGCCCAGACCAACUUCUCCAUCGCCCUCAGCGCAACGAGGAUUCUAUCCAAGUUCAACGCAGCUAAUCUUUCCUGCAAUUCGGAGAAUGCUCUGGUCACUUUCAAUGGCCAAUCUUCCAGAGACCAGGAUGCCUCAGCAGUGGCAGACUCGAGCUUAUCUGAGAACUUUUUGCAGAUCGUACAGGCUGAGGAAGUCAUCACUAUAUCGGUUUUAUCGGACUUGAAUGUCAUCCUCACACUUGACCCUGCGGCAACUAAUUCUGUGUACAUAACGACCCUUUCUAUGGGCGCUCCUGCAUCCAUGGUCACUGUUGGAACAUCCGUAGUUCAGACGACGAUUACGAUGACCAUAACGGCUACUCCAACCUCGACUCCAGCGCCGACCACAACGACUACACCGAUUGUGACCGCAUCCGCCAGCACAACAAGUGCCGCUGGGUCGACGUCAACUUUUGCUGCGACGGAGCAGGCACUGGACUUUGCCCGGGUCGCUGUGCUGUUUGUGUUGCAGGAAGAGUCUCUGGAAGGGGCCUCAAAUGCCCAAAUCACGCUCCAGAAACUCUUCAGUACCGCGGGUUCUAUCAACGAUGCGAGAAAUGUCACAAUUGGUGGAGAUAACACGAUUGACCUGGUCAAUUUUCUGGUCGACCUGGGCUCAGAUGACUGA